AGCUUCAUUCCAGUGUGCAAUGGAUCUCAUCUUCACUACACACUGGAUUUGGAAUACAGCCCAAACUGCAUUUCUUUUUCCAAUUACUAGGAUGAUUAAACUUUCUAAACAGGCAGCUUGACUUUUUUUUUAUUGCUGCUAAACCCAUGCAUACAGGUGUGUGUGUGUGUGUAUGUAUGUGUUGGUAACACUGCCUGAGAGCGUUUUUGCUAGUUAGUGUGUGUUAGGUUUCUGCCUUUUUGCAACUGUAAGACGAAAAGCACAAAGGCAAAGAGAAGCUGAGAGGACGCAUGGACUUCACUCAGGCUCCUCAGCUGUUCUUUUCCCAGUGUGUGUGAGUGAGUGUCGUUGUGUGUGUGAUGAUGUUUCGGACACUGAUUGUGCUGCUGUGUUGUAUGUCAGCACUGCUGCAUGUGUCUCCAGCGGCCGAGCGGAUUAAAGUUCUCUUCACGCCAACCAUCUGCAGGCUGCGCUGCUCCAAUGGGCACUGCACCAACUACUGCGAGCGAGGCAACAUUACGACACUGUACAGCAAUGAGGAUGCCACACACACGUCUGGCUUCAGAGUGUUUCUGUGCCCCUUGUUGUGUAAAAACGGAGGUGUGUGCAUUCAGAAAGAUCGAUGUCUCUGUCCUUCCAACUUUACUGGAAAGUUCUGCCACAUCCCAGCAUCUUCAUCCUCGUCCUCUGCCAAUGAGCUUGAGAAGCUGCCCUCAACUGGUAAUUUUCCAGCCAGUCGGGGGCUGAUGCGUUCGGAAUACAUCGUUCCUUUACAGAGUCGGCAGCAGAACCACACCAACGGGUCUCCUAUGGUGACAGUUCAGGUCCAUCAUCCUCCUGAAGCAAUGGUGAAGAUCCACCAGGUGGUGAAGGUCACUUCAGGCUCAGAGACAGUGGUGCGAUCAUCAGGGAUCUUGGGUUCCCAUGGUCAUAGCGCCACAUUUGUUGCAGACAGAACAGAGGCUACACCCGCUCGUGUCCAGGCCCAAACUUUCAGGGGAGACUCAAUCUACACAGAGGCAUCUGGGUUUAAAUAUUGCUUCAGAGAAGUUCGCAACGGACAGUGCAGUUCUCCACUGCCUGGACUCCGCAGUCAGGAAACGUGCUGCAGAGGAGAUGGUUUAGCAUGGGGAAUAAAAGAGUGUACACUCUGCCCUCCAAAAUCAGGAAGUGGCACAAGUGGAGAGAGAAGCUGUCCAAAAGGCUUUGAGAGGGUUAAUGGUACACAAUGUGUGGAUAUUAACGAGUGCGUGCAGCCGGGUUUCUGUGAGAACGGGAAGUGCGUGAACACCCGUGGGAGCUACAGCUGUGUUUGCAAACCUGGUUUCUUAUUGGACGCCUCACGUGGCAUCUGUAUCUCCCACAAAGUGAUCUCAGAGGAGAAGGAGCAGUGCUUCCGCAUUGUCUCUCAGGGCUCCUGCUCUUUGCCCAUCCUGAAGAACAUCACCAAGCAGAUCUGUUGCUGCAGUCGCGUCGGUAAAGCCUGGGGAAGGAAAUGUGAGGCCUGCCCAUAUUUUGGAUCUGUUGAAUUUAAGGAGAUUUGUCCUGCUGGUCCUGGCUACCAUUACUCACCUAACACACUGAAAUUGAAUCAGAGGGUUGCAGAACCACACAGCCCUGCACUGUUUUCUCAGAGAAAUCGCACUUCAACUACAGCAACUAGAUAUGAUACAUCAUUAUUACAGUCAACAACAAGAAAUGAACGACCACAUGACCAAAGACCUACAAUGCAUCAAUCUGCAACUAUCAGCCACAACGUCAGGAUUCAGCAAUCCAGUACUGGUCAGAGACAGCCAAUCACGUCAGAAGUUUUCAUCAUCCAGAGGGAACCACAGCUGAGUCAGCACAGACAAACAGGAAGUCCUGCUUCAUCGACUAGUUCGCCAAGCAAAGAACUUCCCUACAAGCAUGUGUGUGAGGCUAACCCUCACGUUUGUGGACCGGGUCGGUGUGUCAAUAAGGCCGGAGGGAAAUACACGUGUGUGUGUAAUCCUGGGUUCAUCCUCAAUUCUCAAGCAGGUCAUUGCCAAGACAUCAAUGAGUGUUUGUUGACUCCAAGGCCUUGUUUAGCUGGUCAGUGUGAGAACACAAUGGGAAGUUUUCAGUGUGUGUGUCCUUCAGGCUAUAGGAGUAAUGCCCAGCAAAGCUUGUGCUCAGAUAUUGAUGAGUGUCGUCUAAUCCCUAACCCUUGCGCUAAUGGGCGCUGUGAGAACACACUCGGCAGCUUCAGGUGUGUGUGCAGGACAGGAUACAAACUGCAGAACAACACCUGCACAGACUUUGAUGAGUGUGAUGACCCACUCCGCUGUCCGGGGAAGGAAUGCAUAAACACUCAAGGUUCCUAUAAUUGUGUGCCCUGCAAACCUGGAUAUGGUCUCCUUAACGACAAGUGCUCAGAUAUUGAUGAGUGUCGUCAGCGUCCGUCUCUUUGCUCUAAUGGCCGCUGUGAGAACACACCUGGCAGCUACAGAUGUGUGUGUAAUAGAGGUUUCAAGCUCCAGGGUAACAGCUGCACAGAUGUGAAUGAAUGUGAGGACCCUCUGCAGUGCCCUGGUCAGGGAUGUAUUAAUACUCUAGGUUCAUAUAGAUGUGUGUCAUGUGGCCCCGGGUUUGUAAUAACCAACAGAAGAUGCACUGAUGUAGAUGAGUGUCGUCAGGUUCCUGCUCCCUGUGCUAAUGGUCGCUGUGAGAACAUACCUGGCAGCUACAGAUGUGUAUGCCAUACAGGGUACAAGCUUCAAGACAACACAUGCACAGAUGUAAAUGAGUGUGAGAACCAUCUGCGGUGUCGUGGUCAGGUGUGUGUGAACACUCCAGGCUCAUACCGGUGCACAUCCUGUGGCGCUGGAUUCAGCUUUCAUAAUGGACAAUGCACAGAUGUCGAUGAGUGUCAUCAGUUUCCUGCCCCCUGUGCUAAUGGCCGCUGUGAGAACAUACCUGGCAGCUACAGAUGUGUAUGUCAUACAGGGUACAAGCUUCAAGACAACACAUGCACAGAUGUAAACGAGUGUGAGAACCAUCUACAGUGUCGUGGUCAGGUGUGUGUGAACACUCCAGGUUCAUACCGGUGCACAUCCUGUGGUGCUGGAUUCAGCUUUCAUAAUGGACAGUGCACAGAUGUCGAUGAGUGUCGUCAGGUUCCUGCCCCCUGUGCUAACGGUCGCUGUGAGAACAUACCUGGCAGCUACAGAUGUGUAUGUCAUACAGGGUACAAGCUUCAAGACAACACAUGCACAGAUGUAAAUGAAUGUGAGAACCAUCUGCAGUGUCGUGGUCAGGUGUGUGUGAACACUCCAGGUUCGUACCAGUGCACAUCCUGUGGAGCUGGAUUCAGCUUUAAUAAUGGACAGUGCACAGAUGUGGAUGAGUGUGCUCAGAAUACACGUCUUUGUGCUAAUGGACGCUGUGAAAAUACCCCCGGAAGUUUCCAAUGUAUAUGUCGACCUGGAUUCAGAUUGGAGGCAAACACCUGUACAGAUGUUGACGAGUGUGAGAAUGAGCUUCAGUGUCCAGGACAAAAGUGUGUGAACUCUGUUGGCUCAUUCAAGUGUGUUUCGUGCAGGCCAGGCUUUGAGAUCAUUAAUGGCCAUUGUCAAGAUGUAGACGAGUGCAGUCAGACUCCUUCCACUUGCUCUAAUGGCCGGUGUGAAAACAUUCCUGGUAGCUUCAUGUGUGUGUGUCGCUCUGGAUUCAAACUGCAGGGAAACACCUGCACAGAUGUUGAUGAGUGUGAGAACUCUGGAAUAUGUGGGCCAAGGAGUGUGUGCGUGAACAUGAAUGGCACAUACAGGUGCGAGUGUAUGCCCGGCUUCCACGCUACAGGACCUGGACGCCAGUGUCGAGAUAUUAAUGAAUGUUUGGAGGACGAGUUCUGCUUCCCUAGAGGAGAGUGCAUGAAUACUGAAGGCUCGUACAAGUGUGUGUGCUCUCAGGGUUACCAUACAAGUGCCAAUGGGACUCUCUGUCAUGAUGUGGAUGAGUGUGCCCAAGAUGGAGUGUGUGAAGACGGACGCUGCACCAACACUGACGGCUCUUUUGUGUGUCACUGCAAAACUGGCUUCACUACCAAUCCUGAAAAAACAGCCUGCCUCGAUGUGGAUGAGUGUGUGGACUCUGGUGGGAGUGUAUGUGGUUCUCAGCGCUGUGAGAACACCAUAGGCUCAUUUCGCUGCUUCAUCACCUGUGAACCUGGAUACAGCUUCACAGCUACAGGGGAGUGUGUGGACAUUAAUGAGUGUGCAAAUGAGAGUGUGUGUGGCCAUCACAUGUUCUGUCGGAAUCUGAUUGGAACAUAUCAGUGUAUCUGUGAUCAGGGGUACGAGACAGCGCAAGAUGGACGGUCCUGUGUGGACAUUAAUGAGUGUGUGGUGAUGGUGGGUGUGUGCGGUGCGGCACGCUGUUGGAAUGUCGAAGGUUCAUUCACAUGUGAAUGUGAGAAUCGGCAAGAAGAAUUUGACCAACUUACACGACAGUGUGUGACCACAGGGUCAUCAUCAUCAUCCCUACCUCAGCCAGGAGAACCAAUAGAGUGUUACUUUAACGUGGAUCAGAGGGACCAGUGUGCAGUUCUAUCUUCUAAUACGACUGUACAGGAGUGCUGCUGCACUGUGGGGCGAGCCUGGGGGCUCAAGUGCAACCAAUACACUCUGUGCCCACAUGGUGGAACACCUGAAUUCCAAGCAAUGUGUCCAAGUGGACGUGGCUAUGUGACUUCUGCAGUGGGGGCCUUUGGCUAUAGGGAUGUGGACGAGUGUAAAGUCUUCGACCCAAAUUUGUGUAAAGGUGGUGUGUGUGUAAACAACAUCCCUGGUUACUCAUGUUACUGCCCCAGUGGAUACUACUAUGACAUGGGCUUAAUGGAGUGUGUAGAUAAUGAUGAGUGUGAGAGUGAGGAUAUGUGUCCAGGUGGUCUGUGUGUGAACACACUCGGUUCAUAUUACUGCACAUGUGAGCCACCUCUAGUGCUGGAUGACACACAACGCUCCUGUGUCAACAAUUCAGGUCUCACUGUGGAUGAGCUCUCAUUCUGUUGGCAGCAUGUAACAGCUGAUCUGGUGUGUCAGAGACUUUUGCAAGGAAUUCAAGUAACUUUUGCAGAAUGUUGCUGUUUAUAUGGAGAAGCCUGGGGGCUUCAGUGUGCUCUGUGUCCCGGCAGAGAUAAGGAGGAAUAUGAGGCAAUGUGCAGUGCUUUUGGUCCUCCUCCAAACUCUCCUCGGUAUGCAGAGCGUUUUGCUCCACUGCCGGGUGGAGGAGGGGGUUACGGAACACCGUAUGGUGCCCCUAUUUAUCCAGAGUUACCUUCAUCUGAUUACAAUGACUACAGUGCGGGAACAAGACGCAGAUCUGGAUUGAGGACUCAACCAGCUGACUCAUAUACCCCCUACAUGCCUCCUGAAAUCGGCCGUUACUAUGAGGACGAAGAUUAUGACUCAGCUGCUGCUCCUCCAUUCGCACCAGAUCCUCGUACUGAACGCUUCUAUGGCUCACGCUUUAUCCACACACCCCUCACUGAAGGUGAUGAAGAUGAGGAGUCAUGGAGAGGCCCUGCUCCUUUCCCACCCUUCACAGACAGAAGACCAGGAAGUGAAAGACCACAGAGAGUCUAUGAAAGGAGGUAUGAGUCAUUCACUGGCCUGCCAGAGGAUGAGUGUGGUAUACUACAGGGCUGUGAAAAUGGCCGCUGUGUUCGUGUAGGUGAAGGAUACACCUGUGACUGUUAUGAUGGAUAUGAGCUUGAUAUCGCUUCUAUGACCUGUCUAGAUAUAGAUGAGUGUGAGGACCCAACCUUUCCAGAGUGUAUAAAUGCACGGUGUGUAAACACAGAGGGUUCAUAUAGAUGUGUGUGUCUGAGGGGAUUCAUCAUGUCACGCAGACCAAACUACUGCAUACCUGCUUAAUCAAAAGGCACACACACACUUAUAGCAAAAAUCCUGACUCAAUUUGCUAUUAACUACAUCAUAUUUUAUUGUAUUAUUUUAUAGAUACUCUAGUUUUUAUCUGUUACGGCUGUAAAUUGUUUUAAUAUUUUAUAUAUAAUUUUCUGAGGUUAAACAAAUGCAAUAUAUAAACCAUUUAGGCACAAAGUAUUUUUACUCUGUAAAAGGUUGGCUGUCUGAGAUACAGACACUAAUUCUGUAAACACAAUUAAGUUGAGUUUAUUUGAAUACGGUUAUGAAUGUACAUUUAUUUGAAUUAGGUGUUAUGUUUGAUGAAUGUACUUCACUGUCACUGAGAUCUCAACCAUCUUUGUUUGUUUGUGAUUGUACGGUUGCGUAUCGCCCAUAUGUAACACAAUGCACUGUAUUUGUGACUUUUUGAAUUUUACAGUGAUUAAUUGUUUUUCAAAGAUGUUUGUUCAUUGUAUUGCCUUAUAUAUUUUUUUUUUGAUACAGCUAAUUCUGAGGUGUCAAGGGGUCAAAAAAUAAAUUUUGCAAAUUUUAUGGUU